CAGCAACCAUUAGCCCGAGGCUGCCUAAAACCACUUACAGCCGCACCACCCCCAGAAAGUCAUAAGAAAAAAGAUGCGAUUUCUCCUUUAACAAAAAACAUGUUUUGAAUACUUGAUGCUUGAGAUUUAAUCCAAACACUUGUCUCUACAUCACACGACAACCGACAACAAAAUAUCCCCCACGACGCUGUAAGCGACACCCCAUCGACAUCAUGAGCUCGUUACCGCACGACGCUCCGCCUCACGGCGACGAAGCUCCUCCGCCAUACUCCGAAAACGACAUCUACUCAACCUCCGGCGCUGCCCAGUCCAUCGCCGGAUCAGCAAACAGCCGAGGCGACGAAAGCCUGGGCACAUCCGAGAUCAUCUACACACCGCCCGCUACUCCCGGAGGCUUCGCCGAGACGAACAACCAGGGCGCCACCCAGUACAUUGAUUCCCGCCCAGUACCGGCCAACAUCCCCGGCGGCACCACAGUGAAGCUCAUUACGCUUACCGAAGAGUCCAUUGCAGACGAUUUCGCAUACGACCACAGCCUUGCCAGUCGUGACGUCAACUCCCAGGACUGGGCCACCUUUAUCAACUUUCUCCUGCCCGAUCACACGACGAGGGGCAACGACGUCAUUCUCGACCGCAAGCUUCGCGAAGAAGCACAGAGCGAGGCAGCCAGUAGCAGUGGUCGAUCGGAAGCUGCAACAGCACACCUUGAAGGGCUGCGUGAGCGCGGAUUCCGUCUCUCGCCAGAAGAGCUUGCCCACCAACGCACAGUGGCUAGAGGUACUGUCCAGCAAUGGAACCGAGGCUUCUUCGGUCCCCGCGGUAUCGAAAUCCGCGUCAAUAUACAAGAUGGCCCACCAUCAGAUAUGCCUGGGUCAUGGAAUCCUGCUUUUUCAGAGCCACCGCAAACUGCAAGUCGGGCUACCCAACCCACCGCUGCUGCCGCUGCUAGACAGGCUUUCAACGUGGGCGGUCUGGUAAUGGACUCUGAAGGCAUACGCUGGGGCAAUUCUGUUACUAUGGACAGCAAUGGAAUUCGUGUUGGCAAUCUAGUUAUGGAUAGCAAGGGCAUUAGAAUGGGUGGUGCAUCGGGAGGUUCUUCCGCGGUGCCAGGCCCAGAUGCUCGUGGGCUUCCCAACCAGGGACACAUGCACCAUGGCCAUCCAUCUGAGCGCGGCCGUGGCCAUAUGCCCGGUGGAUUCCCACAACGUCGCCGCUCUCUAUCAGCUUCAUCUGUCUCCUCAAGCUCUAGCGAGUCCUCGGUUGGCUCACUACCCGACUACGACGACGUCAAGGAGGCUCAGAUGCCCGUCUACCUAUCCAUUCUUCAAGAUCUUACCGCAAACCCGGAGAAGAUUCGCUCCAGAGGGGAUCUAAACCACGCCAGAGCCGCAAUCAAGGCCGCGAAAGCCAAUCCGGUCAACCCUGCUCUGAACAAAGCCACACUCAAAGCCCAAAUCAAGGGCCUGCACCAGGUGUGGAAGAAGAUUAAGAAAGACCAGAAGAGGCUCCAGCGAGAAGAGCGCCGCGUUCGUAGAAAGCAGCGCAAGGGAGAACGCAGGGAAUACCGCAAGAAUAAGCGGGAGAUGAAAAAGGCCAUCAAGACAAAUCCGUGGGCCUAUCUCGCCCAAGCAACCGGCCAGCCUCCCAUGCCUCCAGGUGCUCCAGGCGCACCACCUCCGCCUAUGCCUCCCAUGCCGGGCCAAUUCCCCGUGCACCCGCCUCACCCUCACCAUCCUUUCCACCAACACCACCAACACCAAGACAGAUGCGGUAUGGGGCGCAGUCGCGGGCGAGGGCUGUUUCAGCCUGGGCCAUCAGGGAUGCCGGGUCCAUCUUGUCCACCAGGGCCCUGGGGACGGGGCCGGCAUCAGUUUCCAACACGCGGUGGCUUCCCGUUUGCUGAUACUCGCGGAGCACCGGGACCAGGACCGGACCCAGAGAGCGUGGCAUCAAUGGCCAGGGAGCAGGCAGCAGCAAGCUUGCGAAGCGAGAUUGAAAAGCAGCAAAAAGUAGCAGACUCACUUGAAGAUGGGCCUCAUAAACGAGGUAUCGAGAAAGCGAUUGAGGCCAUGACCGAGUCACUUUCAUCUUUACAGGUUGAUGGAGAUCAUACGCCAAACUACCACCAGUAAAGAAGAAGGAAAAAACAUCGUCCUUUUGGUUAAUAGCAUAGCGUUGUGAUUAUUGUACUUUUAUAAUAAAUAGUCAACUUU